AUGUUCAAACAGAUCACGUCUUCCUGUGCUGAUAAUCUGUUCUUCUUCUUGAAUCCUCCACCUGUUAAAUGGGCCACUAAACGAGCGCUGAACUCUGAGCAGCUGAGAACGCUGGCCGACAAAGUUCUUGGUCGAGAAGCCCAAGGUAACCCGGAAGGACUCAUCCAUUGGAAUACAUUUUAUAAAGCGUCUGCCGAGUCUGGUGAUUCAUUCUGGCAGUGGAUAUACGAACAUCUGGACCUUACUGAAAAAUAUGUGCCCAACAUUUGGAAUGAUGGGUACAUUAUGGGGUUUUUGAGUAAGGAGAGCGAGAAGGCUUUAUUGAGUGAAAAACUCCCUGGCACUUUCCUUCUGCACUUCAGUGUAAACUCUCAAUGUGGAGGAAUCAUCAUCACAUGGGUGGAUCGUUCAAAGGAUGGUGGUGAACCUGUGGUGCAUUCAACAAACUCUUACACUAGAAGAGAUCUGAACAACAUCUCUUUACCGAACAUCAUCCUUGACUAUACCGUCACUGAUGGAGAGAAGGAUCCAGUGAAUCCCCUCGUCUACCUUUACCCAGACAUCCCACGAGACGUUGCCUUUGGUCGCUACUAUACCAGUGCAUCUGACAGUAAAGACUUUUACAUUCACAUUUAUGCAUUUAAUAAUGAGCCAUUAUUGACCAUUGAGCUGAAAGUUGAACUAACUUACACAAUAAAAUAAGAUAAGAGUUAGUUUUACUAAGACAUAAUUUCCCAGUUCAUCCCAUUAGGAAAUCCCAUAAGCAAAGGAAACAAUGCACAAAAAAAAUUACCAAAUAAUAAAGUGGAAAAUGCUGUAUUACAUGCAUCUCUUCUUAUAUGUUUGUGCUUUUGUCCUGGUAUUUGCAUACCAUCAAGACAUUUGGGAUACAGUAAAAAUCUGUUCUCUUUUAGAUGUAGGAGGGAUAAAUGAAGACCAAAUCCAGAAUGGUACAACAGCAUGUCAAUGAAGACCACGGGUUGGAUGUGAUUGACCUUGAUCUGUCAGACUCAUCAGAUCUAGAGGAUUUAAGUUUUUAAAUGAGAAUGAGGUUAGAAAUGCAA